AUGGAGGAGAACAGGGCUGAGACGGCGGGGACGGUGACAGAGCCGGUGACUGAGCCGGUGCCAGUGGCGGAGGAGGAAGAGGAGGAUGAGGAUGAGGAGGAUGACGAUGACGACCUGUCCCGGCGGCGGGAGCGGGAGCAGACCGUGCUGUGCUGCAGGCUGCCGCCCUUCGGGGAGCCGGUCAGCCACGUCUACCACCCCCUGGACUACGCCUGGGAGCCCCACUGCGACUUCGUGCGCCGCUACUGCCGCACCCCUAAACGCGUCCUCUUCCUCGGCAUGAACCCCGGCCCCUUCGGCAUGGCCCAGACCGGGGUUCCCUUCGGAGAAGCCUGGCACGUGCGGGAGUGGCUGCGGGUCGUCGGGGGGGUGAAGAAGCCGCCCUCGGAGCACCCCAAGCGCCCGGUGCUGGGCCUGGCCUGCCGACGGGCGGAGGUGAGCGGCGCCCGCUUUUGGGGGCUGGUACGGACCCUCUGCCCUGACCCCCGCCUUUUUUUCCGUCAUUGCUUCGUCCACAACCACUGUCCCCUCCUCUUCCUCGCCUCCAGCGGUCGCAACUUGCCCCCCACCGAGCUGCCCCCCGCCCAACGCGACCGGUUGAUGGGGCUCUGCGACCAGGCGCUGGCGCGAACCGUGGGGCUGCUGGGCGUGGGGCUGGUGGUGGGCGUGGGGCGUUAUGCCGAGCGGCGGGCGGGACGCGCCUUGGGGGGCGCCGGGCCGGGGGGUGCCUGCGACCACGUGAAGAGCUCCGGAUAA